CGUCUUUCCUCCCUCACUUCCCAGCAGCGUCCUGUUUGUUACCAGCAAAAUGGUUGUCAGUCAGUCAGUGGUCGGGCGAGCCAAUGCCGAAAAGCCUCAUGGCUUGGUUGGUAUGCUCAAGAAUCCUUAUGUCUUCAUGACCUGUGCCUUUGCUUCGCUGGGCUGUAUUAUGUAUGGCUAUGAUCAAGGUGUCAUGGCUCCUGUUCUCGUCAUGGAGAACUUCAAAGCGCACUUUCCUUCGUUGAUGGGCUCUACUAUCCAAGGUUGGCUGGUGUCUGCUUUGGAGUUGGGUGCUUGGGCUGGUGCGCUCUUCAACGGAUAUCUCGCGGACGCUAUUUCGCGGAAAUAUAGUAUGAUGGUAGCUGUUGUUGUCUUCACUCUGGGUUCAUCUCUUCAGUCCGCAGCACAGAACCCAGCCUACUUUUUCGCUGGUCGCAUCAUCGGUGGUGUUGGUAUUGGUAUGCUUAGUCAGGUCAUCCCGCUGUACCAAGCCGAAAUCGCACCACCGGAGCUCCGUGGCUCUCUGGUUUCCUUGCAGCAGCUCUCGAUCACCAUCGGCACUGCCAUCUCUUUCUGGCUGGACUAUGGUAUGCAAUACGUUGGUGGUGUCAAAUGCAACCCCGAAGGUGUGGAAAACCCUUACUUGGCCGACGGAACCUUCGACUACAACGCGGCCCACGGCCACACGUGUCUGGGCCAGAAGCCUCUUGCCUGGCGAUUCCCCUUGGCUUUGCAGAUCCUGUUCGCCUGGAUUCUCUUCUUCGGAAUGUUCUUCUUCCCCUUCUCCCCUCGCUGGCUGAUGUCCAAGCACCGCGAGGAGGAAGCAGUUGCUGCACUCUCUAAGAUCCGGCGUCUUUCACCCAACGAUCCCUUGCUCAAGGCAGAGAUCCUUGAAAUCAAGGCGGCCGUUCUUUUUGACGAAGAAACCAAUGCCGAAGCUGUUCGAACCGGCGGUAAAUGGGCCCCCUGGAAGGCUCUCUUUUCCCCAAAUAUGCGAAAGCGACUCUGGCUCGGCUGUGGAAUGAUGGUUUUCCAGCAGUUUACCGGUAUCAACGCAAUUUUGUAUUAUGCCCCGCAAAUCUUCGCCAGCUUCGGUUUCUCGUCGACUACCCAGACAUUACUUGCUACGGGUGUCACUGGUAUCAUCCAGAUCCUUUUCACGCUCCCUGCUGUACUUUUCCUGGACAAGUUCGGCAGAAAGACCUUCCUCAUUGUCGGUGCCAUUGGCAUGUUCUGCUGUCACAUUGUCGUUGCUAUCGUCGAGGGUAUCUAUGAGGAUUACUGGAACCUGAACGAAGGGCUGUACAAGGCCCAAGGAUGGGUCGCCAUCGUCUUCAUCUGGAUCUUCGCCUCCCAAUUCGCCUACUCCUGGGGUCCAGUAUCAUGGGUCCUUGCGCAGGAAAUUUUUCCGUCCUCUGCCCGCUCUCGUGGUGUGUCUCUUGUCGCAUCCACGAACUGGAUGUUCAACUUCGUCAUUGGCCUAACCACCAAGGACAUGCUGGCUUCAAUGAAGUACGGAACCUACAUCUUCUUCGCCAUUUUCAGUGGACUGGGAGGUCUGUUCAUUUGGUACUUUGCACCUGAAACCAAAGAUAAGACCCUGGAGGAGCUUGAUGUCUUCUUUGGAGGCAGCAUGGACAGCAUCGCCGAGGCGGAUAGACUCAGGAUGCAGGCAAUCUACGACCGCCUGGGACUCUCAGGGGUUGAGAAGGUGGAGGAUCUAGAUAACGAGAAGACUAAGAUCCAGGAUGAGAUUGUGGAGAUGUGAUUCUUGGUUGCUAUUAUUGUGGAUG